AGAAAUUGAUUGCUUGAAGGACUUUACCUCUCAGAAUGAUACGUUCCUUCUUCCUGUUCCUUUUAAAUUGAUGGAAGCAAUUGCUUCUUAUUUGGUUUAUUUUUGUUUACUUCGCUACAAAGCAACAAUGGGCUGCUGAAGAAGAAUAAGAAUCAUAACUUCUUGUUCUUCUUCUCUUCACCCCAUUCACAUCCCCUCUUCUUCCUUCUCUUCUCCAUUCCAAACCUGCAUUUUAUUUUGUUCUUGCAAGAUCUUCUUGCUGCCAUCCUUUUGUUUGACUUCAUAGCAUAAAGCCAUCGAGAUGAAAGUGAGCUUCUCUAAAAUGAACAAUAAUAGCAUCACCUCUUCUCAUACUGAAACCAAUGGUAUUGGUCUCACUGAUGACUUGCUAAUAGAGAUUCUCACCAAGCUACCACUGAAGUGCAUCUACCGCUACAAAUGCGUAUCGAGGUCAUGGCGGCGGCUUAUUGCAGACCGUUACGUCGCCGCAAGGCUCCCAUUAAUUCUCUCCGCCGUAUUCUACCGCAGUGGUCCCGGAGAUCUCAAGCUUGAACCCAGAUAUGGAUGCAACUCUAAUGGUAGUUUCCAUGAAAUAGACUUCAGUUACCUCCCAUUUUACCAUAACUCCAGCAUCAUAGAUUGCAGCAAUGGUCUUCUCCUCUUUUAUAGAUGCAUUCCCUCUACUUUUCAUGUAUGCAAUCCUACCACAAAAACAUGGGCAGCUCUACCCAAGCCUAGGUGUAAGAGCCAGCUCUCAAUAUUAGCUUUUGAUGCUUACAAAUCACCAUAUUACAAGGUAGUUUGCUUCAGUGGGUGGCAAGCACAAGGAGGCCAGCUUGAAGUCUUCUCGUCAGAGACCAGCCAAUGGGUCGAACACACCUUGAAUUGGGGAGUUGAUACCAACAAUCUCUCAGCUUCGAUGCAUUACUUUGAUGGUGUUCUUUAUGUUCUUGCUCUUCCUAGACAUGUUGCUUGCAUUGAUCUAGAAAAGAUGUGUUGCAGCGUAAUUGAGUUGCCUGAGGACAUGAAAAAUGAUGCUUCUUUAGGGAAUUCUGGUGGGUUUCUCCACUGCGCAAUAAAUGACACAAAUGAAUUGAGGAUUUGGGUUUUAAAAGGAAUGAAAUGGGCGUUGAAGAGCAGAGUAAGUGUUUUAGGGAUUUUAAAAUGGAAUGGUGAUUGCAAAGAAAUGUCUUCUACUACUUUUUUGCAUCACGGGCAGUUUAAUUUCUUGGCUUUUCAUCCGAAGGAGGAUGUGGUUUACCUAUGGGUUAUGGGCAAGUUGAUGUCUUAUGAUCUUUGUAAGAAGAUAUUUAAUUUGGUUUGUGAGCUGGGAACAGAGAAGGAGAGAGUUCAAGUGAUUCAGAUUUGGCUGUUUCCAUAUUCAGAUAAUGUUUUAAAUUGCUUGGCUUGAUGAGAAUUCAGUUUAUGUAA